GGGUGGGGGGUGGGCUCCCGGCAUGCCUAGCGAUGACUCCAAUCAUCCUCUCGCCAGAGUGGAUCAUUCAUAUUUAUGAGAUUGAGAGAAAGGAUACAAGGAUGAUAAGGAAAUGCUGCCCGCUUUCCUGGAGCCUGGUCCAGGGGGUGCUUGGACUACAUCUCCCAUAGUGCCCAGGGGCACAGGGCUGCCUCUGUCUCUGUCUAGACACCUAAUGGGAGUUAGAAUUCAAGGAGCCACGUUGGAGGGUGGGAAGGGAUCAGAGUGUGCAGUAAGGGUUGUGGGGCCAGCUGGCUGCUUUCGCUUGGCCUGUUACCCCUGACCUGCUUUGUUCCCAGCUCCCACCUCCUCCAGGGUUGAAGGACCUUGGAACCUUUACAUCUCCCCCAAAGGGAAUAGGAGUAGAGUGCCGGGGGAAAAAAGAUGCAGGGUGAAUUAGCAAGUUCCCCGUUCUUUCCUGUGACCCUGGGAAUGCCCUCCCCUUACACACAUCUUUAUCUGAGAUGCAGACACACUCUUUGGCAGUAGUCUCCCCAUCUUGAAAGUAAGAGGGAAACUGGAGCCUAAUGUUUGCACCUAGUUGGAUGUGUUCCGGUCUACAAGUUGCUCACAUUCUGCCCCCUUAUGGAGGCAGUGGGGAAUUGCUGGAAUAUCCUUGAAGCACCAGCUUGUAUGUUCCAGGGACCCAUGAACAGCUGAUGAGGUUGUCUGGAGAUCCAGAUGGGAGCCACAAGCUAACCUGCUCCUCUCUGGGACUCAUCAUCUCCAGAGCCUGGUGCAAGGAAUCUGAUUGAGCUCACUUUUGGCAUAGAAAUUAUUGACGGUGGGGAGAAGGCAGUGGGGGUUCCUCCCGCAAUCUCAUCUCUGCUUCUGAGUCAGCUUAACCCUUAGCACUUGGAAACUUUGACUCCUGCCAAGGACCCAGUCAUGCCUAUCCUUGCUCUUCAGGCUGGGGUCGGAGAUCUCCCCACUGGCCUGAGAUCCAGGAAAAUUUAACUUUUAGCCCGGCUUUGUCCAAGCUGACUCACCUUAGGCAAGAUCUUAACCAUCUUGGGCCUUGAUUGAUUUCCUCUUUGUGAAAGGAAUGAGUUGAACCUGAUGGUCCCUAGUGGCCAUAGCAGGGGCUCUAAGAUCCUCUGAGCCUGUGCUUCUCCCUGCCCUCUGAUGAUACUGGCCUGAGCUGUCUUACUUCACCCCAGCUUACCUGGGAGAGCCUUAAGCCUAAGAAUUAGACUGAAAAGAAAGAGGGAGAUGGAGCCCUUGUUUUGAAGCUUGUUUGUAUUGGAACCACACUGUGCUUACAUAAGCCAUGUUUGUGAUAUGGAAGCUAAAAUUAUCUCUAACCCACCCCUUGGUGCCCCUGCUGGUCCCAUCUCCUAAACCUAGGUCAUGUUCUUACAAAAAAAAAAAAAGUCUAAUCAUCCCAAAAUCACCCUCCUCAAAGUAGCUGGUAUGUGUGUCCCCUGGGAUGUUGGUUACUGAGGCUUAUGUAGGUUAUGUGAGUGGACAAUUCUAAUUGGCUGAAAGAGAGAAGAGGGGAUUUGAUUGGUUGAUUUGGUUGGUCUGGAGGAGAGACAUCUGGAAAUGAGGAGUCAUCCGGACUUGGGGACGGGCCUUUCUCUUUCGUCCUGUCUCUGGGCAGGGGAAAAAGAAGAGCUGGAUGCCAAAGGGGUACCAGAUCCACAAGCCAUUGACCCAAAAAGGAAACUCUGAGGAAUGAGAAGAGCAGGGGUAGCCUGAGUGGGAGAUGAAGCAAGGAUUACAGGAAGAAAUUUCCCAAAAAGAAGAAAAGGAGAGAGAGAGAAGGGCGUGUGGAUCCAGGGGCCCAGCCAGUGAGGGUGCGUGGCGGAUGUGUAGAACUCGGAAUAGCGGAGGAACCUGACAGCUUCGGUAAUUUAGGAUUCCUUUGACGAGUUUCUGGGGGAAGGAGCACAGAAAGUAGGGGAGCAGACAAGAGGGGGUAGUCUGGGGGUGGGAGCAGCUAGAAAGGGGUCUGGACCCCUGAGUAGACUGAACUCUCGCACCAAGAGGGCCUGAAUGCAGGAGCAGCUAAGAGAUGGGCUCUGGGGCGGAGCUAAGAGGAAGCUGGGAGUAGCAGGCUCCUGGGAGUGGAGCCAAAGAAAGGGGGCGUGGCGAAUGGGCAAGGACCUGAUGCUCGGGGGGUCUGGAGCAUCUCAAGAGGUGGAAGAGACGCCCGCGAAUGAUCUUUCCGCGGGCUCUUGAAUCCAAGACCCACGUGCUGAGGAGAGCUCCCUGGACAGGCCCCGGGUCUGGCCCAGCGCCCGGGGUGGUGACGACGGAGUGCUCAGUGUGUGGGAAGAGGCGAGCCCUGGCAGGGGCGAAGGCGGGGCGGGGGCCCCCUAACGGCCUCGGUCCGCAGAUCGCCCUGGGGUCGGUGCACGUGAUCGACGCCGGGGAGACGGCGCUGGUGGAGGGGCUGCGCGCGGCGCCCUGGGAGUGCGGCAAGGGCCUGGCUGGGAUGCUGCAGCGCUUCUGCUCGCAGCUGGUCAAGCGAAGGCACCCGGGGAUCAAGGUGGCACGACUCACCCGGGACGACCAGCUGGCGUCCCGGGAGCUGAAGAAAUACCACCUAAUCACCAAGCAGGGCAUCCUUUUGGUCCAGUUCAACGUGUCGGCCCUGCUGGAGGGGCUGGGCGCGCGGUUGGCGGCUCUGCGGGCCUCCGGCACCUUCUCGCCGCUGCCCACGGAGGCCGUGUCGGAGGCUGGCGGCGACGUGGCACGCCUCCUGCUGUCGCCCUCUGUGCAGCGCGACGUGCUUCCGGGCGGGACCAUCAUCCAGGACUGGCAGCCCUACCGGCCGAGCGAGAGUAACUAGCUGCUGGCGGCCAAGGGCCUGGAGUGGCGCGUGGACAGCCGCGCGCGCCCGCGCGUGCUCACGCUGUGCACGCGCCCCUUCCCCAUCCCACCUGGCGGCAACGGCACGUGGCGCUACCUCAACAUCUACGCCUUCGGCAGCGACGGCGCGCAGGUUCAGAGCCAGCUUCUGUGGCAUCUGCAGCGCCAGGCCCCGCGUCUCGUCGGCCUCAACGUCAUGUGCCAGCUCUUCCUGGCGCCCCAGCUGUGGUUACAUCUGGUUGAUUUCGCCAGGCUGGCUGAUUUCUGCCAGGCUGGCUUGGGGCUCGAGCUGGUCAAGGGUUAUACCGAACAAUACCUGCUGGAGGCCGACAUCUAAGGCCUCUCCAGUCGGAGGGGAGAGAAGAUGCACUUUAGACCCACCUCCUUCCUCGGAUCCCCCCAAAGCCCCGCCCCUGCUGUUUUCAAGCUCCGCCCCCUCCCCCUGCCCUCGGUCAUCGGCUCUGCCGCCUACACUCACCCGCUGUCCAUCCUUCCCUUCCCUUUCCCCCUUACAUCUGUCUGCCAUCUUGACGCUAGCGCCCCCAAACGCAGUUGCCCACACCCUGAUCUGAACCGCCGGGUUUGGGGGAGCCACUCGCGCUUCUGUUGUCCACCCAUUCCCUUUCCCCGCCAAAGAAUGGGCUCCUU